GCAGGCCCCUCACGGAGGGAGAGCGCGCGAGGAGAAGGCGCGAGGGGAGGCGGAGUCCGGCGCUUGGGCCUAGCCGCCUCCCUCAGCCAUGGCGCGCUUCGGCGCGGGCUUUGCCUACGACGACGACGGUGAAAGCCUGGCCGCCGGAGCCGGAACAGCAGGAGCCGGAGUCGGGGGACUGGGAGGCUUCGGCGGGGGCGACCGGCUGGCCCGUCAGCAGGAGCGCCACUACCAGCUCCUCUCCGAGCUGCAGGCCCUCGUCAAGGACCUGCCCAGUUCUUCCCAGCAGAGGCUGUCAUAUACCAUUCUCAGUGACCUGGCCCUGGCGCUCAUUGAUGGGACGGUCUUCGAGAUCGUCCAGGGCCUGCUCGACAUCCAGCACCUGAUGGAAAGAAACCUCUACAACCAGCGGCUCAAGCUCCACAACGAGCACCGAGUUCUCAAGCAGGAGAUGCUGUAUAAGCACAAAGAAGCCCAGCAAGGCUGCAAGCCUCACAACUUGCCUCUUCUCAAAGCAGCUCAGCAGAGGGAGCUGGAGGCCAUGGAGCAGCGGAUUCAUGAUGAGCAGCAGAUGAUGGACGAGAAGAUUGUCCUGGAACUGGAUCAGAAAGUUGUUGACCAGCAGAACACGCUGGAGAAAGCUGGCGUCUCUGGCUUUUAUAUCACAACAAACCCGCAGGAGCUGACUCUCCAGAUGAAUCUGCUGGAGCUGAUCCGAAAACUGCAGCAAAAGGAAUCUCAAUCAAGAAAGCCUUUCUCUUGAGCAAAGGACACAAGGGCACAAUAACUGCUCUUCCUCCCUCUCCCUCUUUUCUAGCCACGAUCCUCUGUGGGAGUGGUGCUGAACAAGAUUACUCAGUAUUUAUAUAUAGGCUGGCACAGCCAGUUCCCUUGCCAGACCUCAAAAGAAAAGAGGCUCCGUGGGGUGGGGGAGGAGAGUUGCCCCCUUUUCAGUGUGGGGUGGAAGCCCCAAAGUUCGGUUUGACUUUGUGUUUAUUUAUUAUCUUGUUUUUUAAAAAAUAUAUAUGCGCACACACAACACACACAUAUAGCUGUUGUGGAUUUUCCAUUUAUCUCAAGGUUGUUGUUUUACAAUGCUGACCAAGGAAUUCUGAGCUCGAAAGAAGGCAGCAGCAUUAGUUUCUCCCCACCCACUCAGUUUUGGGGUGAUGACAGGGUGGAGAUACUGGACCUGUGGUUCAGAGUGCUUACCAGGGGGUUAAUAGUCUGGCUCGGGGAAGGCCAUCAAGUGUCCACUCCUUCAGCAAGGCUACACCUCUUUAUUGCAACAGUGGAAUUUUAUUUUUGAGAUUCUUUAAUGGGUCGGCAUGUCCACCCUGAAGGGGGCUGUCUAUGCUGCCAGACAGGAGGUCAGCUUUGCAGGAUAAUUUCUCAGUGUUUGAUUGGACACCGCUGGAGCAGGGUUUCUUUGAGAAGGCCCUGUCAGUACCAGCCAGGAAGCACCAACAGCUGGACAUCCCCUACUGGUCAUCAACCAGAGAUGGCUGAUAUUUAGGAAAAUGCUUUUUGUCUUUGACUGGAGGGGUGUUGUAUCUUAAACGGAGAAAUUAGCUCAGCCAAGCCCCUUCUGCUGUUAGUUUGGGAGUUUUCAGGACCUCUAUUGAGAAUUAUAGAUGUUAUAAAGAUUUACAUAGUAAACAUUUUUUUAGCCAAAGCUCAGGACGGAAAUAACAACAACAAUAAUAAUUUGUUUUUUAUACCUUGCCCAUCUGGCUGGGUUUCCCCAGCCACUCUGGGCGGCUCCCAACAUAAUAUUAAAAACACAAUAAAACAUCAAACAUUAAAAACUUCCCUAAAUUUAGAAGAUGUCUUCUAAAAGUCAGAUAGUUGUUUAUUUCCUUGACAUCUGAUGGGAGGGCGUUCCAUAGGGCAGGCGCCACUACUAAGAAGACCCUCUGCCUAGUCUAGUGCCAGGGAAUGUUUGGUAAAUCUUAGAUGUGCUUUAUCUACAAUUUUGGUUCUGUACCACUUAAGAGAAUUACUUGGCUAAGCAAAUCAAUAAAUAGAAGAAUUGUUCCCUUUGUGCCAGGGUAGGUAACAACACCUUAGUCUCAUCCAGUUUUUUGGGUUCCUCUAGGGAGCUCACGGGUGGGAUGUGUAGAUGAUCUCCCCCCGUUUGCAGCCAACAUUGUGAGGUAGACUGCCUUUGAAUGUGGGGGCACCAUUUAAUUAGGAAGACUAAUAUACAUUGAUAGAUCCUCUUCCAUGAAAUUGUCUAUUUGGGGGGGGGGUAAUUACACAGACAAAAGGAAAAUCUUCCCUAGCCAACAAUCUAUAGGCAUAUAUAAAGGAUUUAAAAAUAAACAAUUUGUAGAGACCACAGCAAUGCAAAGUUUAUUCAGCAAGUCCUACUAUCUCCAAAUAGGUCUUAAUCCAGUACUGUAUACAAAUUCAUCAAGUACAUUUGCUUCCAAACACAAAAUUCAUGCUAGACCAAACCAGAUACGGUAGCGCUGAUCAGCUAAAAAGCAUCAGUUUGCCAAGCAUGUUCUGACCUUUGCCAGACAUUUUGGAAUACAAUUCCCAUGUGAUGGCAGUUGCAGUCACCCAAACAUCGAGGAGACCAGGUUGGUUGUCAAAGGCUACCCUAAAAGCUGCUUUAAAAGCCAUCUUGCCACCUCCGGAGGAAAGGCAAUCUACCAUCCCACCUCCCAAACAUUGGUGGGGAUAACGGGGAAAUGCAGGCUGAGGCUCCAGGCUUACCUGAACUCAGCAGGGCUUACUCCUAAGUAGCCAAGCCUGAGUCCAUUUUGCCAGGGCGUGUUUAAAGAAAUCCAUACACCUCACAUACGUCCCAUAGGCAGUCUUAACCCUUGGUUACCAAAUGUCCCCGUUUCCUGGGGACAGCCCCUGGAUUUACAAAUCUGUCCCGUACAAAAUCCAUUGAAGGUGAAAAGUGUCCCCAGGUUCACUGAAAAAAAAUCUGGUAACCUUAACCACACCUCAGAAGUUAAGGCCUAGUGAAUUCAAUGGGGCUUACUCCCCAGGCAAUGAGAUCAGGAUUCUAACCAAGAAGGCUGUUUCAAAAACACAGCGUCAGGCCUGGCUCCCCCACCUCCCCUCCCACGCCAUUCCCCAGGGGAGCGGGCGAGAGAAAGCUCCACCGGUUGGAUUUCUGCCAUUUUAUCUGCAAACGAGACUCCCCGGGCAGAGUAGCAACCGCAGGUAGGGAGUUUGUCCUUGUUUUGGGGCUGGAGUGGGAUGGGCACCCUUUGCAGAGAGCCCCGCCCUGAGGGAUCUGCCCCCCUCCCUUUGCAGAGCACCCCCCUCCCCCCAAUA